AUGAUGAUGAGUAACAAGGAACGCAAAAGUCUAACCAUUGUUGCCGAUGGGAACAACCAUGCGGUCAGUAGUGAAGCAGGAUUCGAUCGCUUGUUGAAAACCUUAGACACCAUCUAUUUGGUACACGUUGACACCAAUGUUCGAGUGUAUGAUUGGACUUCACUUAUCAACGGCGGAAUUUAUACAAAAGCCGCUAGUACUCUUGGUGCAAACACUUUCUCGACUGCCAAUGACGUGAGCCAUCAGGCGGAAUCGCAAAAUACGGCUACAGUACGUCACGGCCAAAACAAUGAGCAAGUCAACACGAAAAGUCCAGCCGAGGAGAACACCAUCAACAACAACGUCAGAAGAAGACCGAAGAACACACCAAAGAAGGCAAUGAACCAAGUUGAAGUAAUCGUCAUUAGCAGCGACAGUGAUGAUGAUAAUGAUGAUAAUGAUAAUGAUGAUGCAGAAGAUAUAAACACCAUUAAUGACAUUAAUGACCAGAAAGGACCUUCAAAUGGAGCUCGUGCCACGAGGGUGCAUUCAGGAAUUCGUGAGCCAGAAACGAAAAAGGCACUCGGAGACGAUGCCUUCAAAAAGGUUAUGAAAGAGGCGGGCAUUUUGAAGGACAAGGGUAGGUAUAACGAUGCAAUAAAUCUGUGUAAGCCAGCUCUUCAGAUCCGGAUGAAGAUUCUCGGAGAAGAUCGCCUCAAGGAUAUCUAUGUGGCCGACGCUUACGACACGGUGGGCAUCUGCCUAAGGAUGCUUACGCGAUAUCAAGAGGCCAUGGUAAAUUUCAAAAUCGCACUUGAGAUUCACCUGGCAGUCCGAGGAGAUCAGCAUGUUAGGACUGCCCAAUCAUAUCACAAUAUCGGAGAUGUCUUGAAGGAACAAAAGAAACUUAACGAAGCAUUGUCGAACUACCAAAAGGCUUGUGACAUUCGUUCAGCAGUCCUUGGAAAUCGCCAUGUUUGCACCGCCGAAUCAUACUACGCAAUCGGAGUUCUCCUGGGCCAUCAAAAGCAAUAUGACAAGGCACUUAAUAUGUUUCAGAAAGCACUUGAGGUUCGUUUGGAAAAGCUUGGUAAUCGCCAUCCACAGGUUGGUGCGUUGUACUAUGAUAUCGGCAUUGCAUUGGCGAGACAUGUAAAAUACAAGGAAGCAAUGAAAGCAUUCCAUCAAACUCUCGCAAUUCAACGCGAAGUUCUUGGUGAUCGUCACAAAGACGUUGCUGAUACAUAUCGCUGGAUGGGGUGCGUAUUGACACAACAGAACCAACACACAAAAGCCCGUGUCUGGUACCAACAGGCUCUUGGUAUUUUCUCCGAAAUCUACGGUGAGGGCCAUGAACUUCUCAGGCCCAUACGCCAGCAGAUUGCAUAUCUAGAUUGGAAACUUCAAGGCCCACACGCCCGGCCCUCUGGUACGAGCUAG